GAUGCUGCUAGCGGAGUGAUACGUGUUUGACAUCUCUGACGGUCAUCACAGUGUCACUACUUGUCCUACACGGCCGGGUCAGUCGUACUCGUCUCCCACUCGUACCAAAGGUCGUGCACGACAAAUUAUGGGGAGAAGUGAUGUUGAGGCCCAAUCGUCUGGUAAAGUGAUUUGAGAAGACUCGCAUCCCUUACUGCGAGAGCAGACCUGUUGCGAUUUUCCCACUUCUUUCCCAUCAUAGACCAGUAUCCUAGUUGAGAACGUGUGCAUUCUGAGCCGCAGUCUUGUCAUGUUUUAUAUCCUCCGCAACCGUCCUCGGCACGAGCGUUUACUCCAACACGACUCCGAGAGCCAUGACGACGACACUCUUUUGCCUGGCUCUCCCUCGUCGACCUCGUUGACUCUCAAAUCGCCAGCAUUUGAAGGAUCGAGCCGCAACGUACGAGUCGCAGUGAGGACUCUCAUCGCAUGUACCAUCGUAUAUGUUGGUGCUGCUCUGUGGAUUGCUUUCACAGUGAACAGGUCGGCUUUUAUUUCCGAUCCAGACGACUUUUGUAUCCAUCAUGUCUCGCGAUAUUCACCGGUCGUCCGAGAUGUGAAGCCAAAUUGGCACACGCAAUUGUUCAACGGCAGCUUCCUGCACCAGAACAUAUAUCGACAGUCAGCAGGACCAGAGGUUGACGCUGCAUGGGAUGCACUGGGUGUCAACUAUCGAAGUGUCGUGAUACCCGAGGACGAAGCUGAGCGAACAGGAUUGCGUCACGACCAGGUGAAGGUCAGCCAAGAGUAUGGCGGUGGCUUCCCAGCGAACGUGGAAGGUCUCCACCACCUGCACUGUCUGGACCUUCUCCGAAAGACACUACAUUGGAAUUAUGAGUAUUAUUCAGCUCAGAAGGAGGGACCUUUCAUUAAUAGCGGGUACAUCGUGCGCGUACACACGACGCAUUGCUUGGAUAUACUAAGGCAGGUCCUGCAGUGCAACCCAGACGUCGGGGUACUUGGGCAGGUGUGGUGGCAGGCCGACACUAUGCCGGACCCGACACCGUUUGUGGACUUCAACACGAGGCACCGGUGCCGGGACUAUGAGCAGGUCCGACAGUGGGCGGAAGCGCAUCAGCUUCCACCAGGGACAGAGGUGAACAUGAGCCGUUUCUACGAGAUGCCGAAGCCAGGAGAUUUCAUCUUCCCUGAGAUCCCAUGAGGAUCGUAGAUGCUAGGUAUGUCAGUGGACGUAGCUGAAAAACUUUCGGUCCUUCGUAGCCGUAUGCACCAUCUCGU